UUUGAUAAAUCUUUACAACCAUAUCCUCCAAUGAGAUGCCUGACACCUGACGAAAAAGUUUACAAUUUUGAGAAUGUGAAUGCAACGGCAAAUAGCAUCUUUGUGAAUCUUCCGGAGCCGGUUGUAAAGAGUGGAUGCAAAAAGUAUAAUUUACCAACUACUAUAUAUACUAUCUCUGUAAGCUGUCCAUACAACAAUCUCAACAAGUCUGAGAAAUUCAAUGUGCUGCGAUAUGUGACAUACGAGCGAUAUUACGAGAUUCAGAACUUAACACCAUUUACGGAGUACAAGUUGAAGUUUACUUUAAGCAAUUUUUACUUUGAUCAAUUAUCAAUAAAUCCAUUCGAUUCGAAUGUGAUAUCAAUAAAAACUAAUUCGGGCAAGCUUAAUGCACCAGAAAACAUAAGUGUGCUAGCUUUGACGCCUACUAUAGCAGUAAUUCAUUGGAUGCCACUCAAAAAAGUAUACUGCGCGGCCGUGACCUACGAAGUGCAUUGGAAGUCAGUUGCAUUAGUGAAUGGCACGCAACAAGAAGGCAAACAAUUUAUCAAUGUGCCGAAACGUAUGGUAGACGGCAGAUUUUUCACAAAGAUUAACUUGUCGCUAUCAGUACAAGAUUACUUGAUAUACGUGCGUGUGUAUCCAAUUAAUUUCAGCGAUUUCUACAACGAGAGUUUAAACAAGAUCGUUCACAUAUACUCAGAACCAAACAAUAUUACUUUAAGCGGGGUCAACAUAAAUAGCAUGAACAUUUCAUGGAUCUCAAAUAUUAAUCUGAUGAUCCUUUUUAUACUAGAGUACAAAGAUAUUGCAGCAGAAAAGUGGCAAACAAUGAAUUAUUUUGAAAUGAAUUAUAACAAUGAAGUAACAUACCAUGUCGAAAAUUUACAAUCGGGAACUUUAUACAAGUUUCGCUUGAUAUUGAGAUACCUCGAAUAUGAGGAAAAUUUUAUAUGGCCGGCUGAUGAAAGAUUUAUUUUUUCAACACUUGGUAAGCAAACGAAGAUAUUUUUACAGGUGUAUCAGAGCGACCAUAUUCCGAGACCUCCUGGAAUAAUAGCCAAAAAAUAUUACUUAUUAUUGAUAUUAAGCUUUAUCGUUAUAGUUACUAUAAUCUGCGUCUACAACUUUUAUCGUUUGUAUCAUCAACGCAGAGGUAAUAAUGAACAAUUUUUGUCUUCAACGAUGAACGAUAUAGAAUUGGCGAUUCUACAUGAAGUACCUUGCCGAAACACUCAAUUCAAUAUGAUUUACAGUCCUAUGUUACAUUAUAAUCCGGAUGAAUGUGCGAUAACUAAAGUCGCAUGUAAACAGAUUACAUUUACAAAACUUCUUGGUAGCGGCGCAUUCGGAAAGGUGUUUCAAGGAAAUGUGGAGAACUUAGAAGGAUCCGGCAUAGAGAUAUCCGUUGCAAUAAAAAUGCUUCGAAAAGAUGCUUCUUCAAAUGAGAAAAAAAAAUUUUUAAAGGAAGCCAAGCUUAUGAAUCAUUUUCGACACAAACAUAUAUUAAGAUUGUUGGCCAUUUGUUUAGAUGGAGAUUCUCCGUUACUAGUGUUGGAAUUGAUGGAAACUGGUGAUCUGUUAAAAUAUUUGAGAGAUUGUCGAAAUUUGCAACCGUCAGAUUCGUAUGCUCUGCGUUUGCAGGAUUUGCUCGCCAUGUGCGAAGAUGUUGCGCGAGGUUGUUGCUACUUGGAAGAGUUGCGUUUCGUACAUAGAGAUCUAGCGUGUCGCAAUUGUUUAGUAUCUUCGAGAAAUCGCGAGAAUCGUAUCAUCAAAAUUGGAGAUUUUGGAUUAGCUAGAGAUAUCUACAAGGAUGAUUAUUAUCGCGCGAAAGGAGAAGGUUUGUUUCCUAUUCGCUGGAUGGCACCAGAAUCUUUGACGAUUGGAAUAUUUACUUCUCAAAGCGAUGUUUGGUCAUUUGGGGUAUUAAUAUGGGAAAUUACAUCGUUGGGUGAGCAACCUUAUAUUGUCAAGACUGAUGAAGAAGUGAUAAAUUAUGUUCGUGCUGGAGGCAGGUUGCCGAUGUCUCUUAACUGUCCGUCAACGUUGUACCAGUUGAUGUUGCGUUGCUGGAGUACAGCGGAUGCCAGACCAAAUUUCAAACUUUGUCUUAGAAAUAUUAUAGCAAUAAGAAAGAACAUAGAAGAUACCUUACUGAGUCCAGUCGAUAUUAUUUAGCCGAUAUAAUUAAACUAAUGUUUAUCUU